AUGAUACUGCAUAUUUUUGUCAGGCUUGCCUUUUUGAUGCGCAAAAUGAUGAGCGAUAAAGCUCUCGUCAGGAGACUUUCUGCAUGCGAGACAAUGGGUUCUACAACCACAAUUUGCAGUGACAAGACUGGAAAAUUAACUUUAAAUCAGAUGAUUGUUGUUGAGGCAUACUUUGGUGGUGAGAAGAUGGAUCCUCCAGAUAACACUCAGAAGCUAUCUGCUGCUGUAUCAACAAUGAUUAUUGAAGGAAUUGAUCAGAAUACAUCUUUGUGUGGCUUAAUGGUGGUGGAGGUCGUUCUGUAGGCUGCCUCCAGUGCUCGUGCCACGACAUUCACCGCCACCACUCCAGACCGUUCACCAUCGCCUUACGAGUCCGUUCAAAAAUGGAGGGGGCGUCGUGCUGCAGGUGGAUGUGGUGUUGCGCUGGGGUCCUCGAUAGUUAGGGCUCCUUCAUAGAGGAACACAGGCGGCGGCUGGCAAAAAUGCACGACACAACGCUCCACCGGCCUUCCUCCUCUCGCUGGGAGGUUGUCAGCCUGUUGUUGACUCCUUCUGUGUGCAUUGGAAGAGAACUCACUCGUCCCAGCUGCUAAAUUUCUUGCAUCUGAGUGCAUCCCAAAAAGUGGCAAAAAGAACAUGGAUAAAAAAGGAGGUGCGUGACAUGGUUCUUUUGUUUGUGGUUAUUAUUCUGUAGAAAUUUCGAUCUACCAAGUUAUAUUAGUUCAUAGUAUAAAAACUAAACAAUAGUCUGAAUUUUCUCUAAGUUCGACCGACACAUUUUAU